CCCAAAUCACAAUGCAGCUCAAAUCGCCGUUCCCUUGAUCUCCAAUCAUUUCCAGAAGAAAGCUCCCCAAUCUCCCUGUGCAACCAUUCAAACUAAUACCCACAAAGUUUGUGAUAGGAAUAUCUUAGCACACCUAGAUUUGAUUAUUUGGUUCCGGCUGCCAUGAGAGGUGGUGAUAGUACUAAAAGAAUCUGCUCUAGAAAAUCCCAUUCGAGCUUGGGAGCAGCACCGGCCUCUGAACUGGUGAAUAUUGAAAUUGAAGAUCUCCCGGAUGUUGUGCUGGUUGAAAUUCUUUGCCGGCUUCCAUGCUAUAAGUAUGUUUCAAAAUGCAAGCGCGUGUCCAAGCGUUGGUGCAAUGUCAUGUCCGGUCCUUAUUUUCUUCACCGCUUUCUAUGUCUCCAGAGUGAUCGUGACCAAACUCCAAUAGUUCGUACUCUGAUAACCGACAGAGGGGAGGAGUACCUUACUAGAUUGUCAUCGUCCACCAAGCCAUUAGCUCUGUUGUUUGAGAGACUCAUGAGUGUCCACCACUUGGAAAAAGAGCCGCACGUGGUAGUUACGUAUAAUGACUUAGUUUUGUGCUGUAAUGAGUUGGGCUUUUAUCAACGUGAUUACUACAUCUGCAAUCCGAGCACAAUUCAGUGGGUUGUUGUUCCUCCCCCUCCUCGAGUUUACAAGUAUACACCAGUGGGAUUCAUGUGUGAUCUUCCUUACUAUAACUGUACGAAAGAUGAUCAGGGAGGAAGUUUGAUUCAGGUUAAUGCUGAGUAUAGGUGCAGGAUAGUGAGAUUAGUUCUUCCUCCUAACAAAUCUGUCCGCAAACUCAAAGUGCAAAUCUUCUCCUCUGAUACCGGUGAAUGGAUAACGUCAACUAUAUCAAUACCAUCAGGCUUUAUAUGUGACACCGUCCCUAUAGAAAGGAGCUUCACUUACAAUGGCUUGCUGUAUUUUGUGGGUGAUGAACCUGGUGAUCAAAACUUUCUAUUGGGGUUGGACCCAUUCAGGAUCAACAAUAGUAUCAUUGAUCACUUUCGUUUCAUUCGAUUUGAUGAUCCAGAAGAGUCUUUUGUACUUCGCUACUUUGGUGAAUUCAGAGGGUGUCUACACAUGUGCGACUAUCAUCAUAAUACCUGUACUUUCUUUGUUCGGAAGUUGAAAGAAGAAGAACUGUGUGGAGGAGCUGGCCAAUUAUGUUUGGAAGGUAUAAAAAAUUAUUCACUGGACUUAAGAAUGUUUCCGGGUUAUGAUGGACUUCAAUUACUGUUUUUAGAUCCCAAUAACGAGGAUGUUAUAUAUCUGUUCAUAGGCAAAGACGUUGUCAGGUACAACAUUCGAACAAGUGAUUGGUCAACGCUGGUUGAGAAUGUCCUCUAUCAUUAUCAAUUUCCAAUUGUGCUCCCAUGGUGGCCAACUCCAGUGCCUAGACUGCUACAACACGCCCAACCUGCGGGAACAAAUGUCUGAGCUCCAUCUGGAACUUGAUGUUAUAGUGUGGAAUAUGGGUCAAGAAGGAGGUUGGGUGAGAGCAAUGAGGUGAGAGUUGUGUAGUUCCCUGAAGAUAAUCUUGAAUCUGCCUGCAGCUUUGAGAAAGCUGAUGAUGACACAGAAAAAUGGUUAGCUUUUGGGUUUGGUA